ACCACUGUUUCAAUUUCGAAUACAUAAUAUUUAUUUUAUUGCUACAUAACCUCAUGCUUCAUGCAUAACCUAGUAAAUUAUGUUGUGGAGCGAUGUGUUUAAAUAUUUUUGAAAUGUUAAAUUCGAUUCUGAUCUGUACCUUCUGUUUGACAACAUGAAUUCUUUAAUGUGGGUGACUUUCCUUCUCACUUCUUUAGUGUUUAUGAUGCACAUUUCUGCAGAAAUUUAUGAAACCGACUGUAGUACUCUGAGAAUGGGACAGUUCAUGUGUCCGGACCCCAAUCCAAAUUACAAUCACAUAGAUCCUAAAACUCAACAACCUUUUGGUUGUGGUCCAGACAACAAAGCCAAAGUUCAGUGCAGAGCAGCAGAAAACAUUGUGUGUAAAGGAACAAAUAAAUCAACAUUUGAUCGAGAAAUUCCAUGCAAAUGGACAAAUGGCUACUCAUUUGACACUGCAAUGCUGCUGUCUAUUUUUCUCGGCAUGUUUGGAGCGGAUCGCUUUUAUCUCGGCUACCCUGCGAUUGGCCUCCUAAAGUUCUGCACGCUCGGUUGCUCAUUCCUGGGUCAGCUCGUGGAUAUUAUAUUAAUCGCAACUCAAGUUGUCGGACCGUCUGAUGGAUCUCAUUAUGUCAUCCCUUACUUUGGUGCAGGUAUAGAGGUCGUCAGAAGCAACAAUGAAACUUACAAAGUACCUCAAGAUGAUUGGUGAAGUGUUCCUGUAUAAUUUUUGGGAAACAGUGUACUUAUAAUAAGGAUGAUAAUGAACUUAGAACUUUAUGAGACAAUAGAUUUGAAGUGCUUGGUAUGUCUGCAUUGUAAAUAAUAAGAUGACAUUUACAUUUUAAACCUUAAUGUGUAAGUAUUGAUUGUGUUCUGAUUGUAUGCUUAUGUUAGUUAUCAUAAAUACAUACUACUCUGGUUACCUUGCUUACUUUCCAAAAAUGUACUAUUGUAUAUUUUAUAUAUUUUUAAAAACACAAAUCAGCAUGACCUGGUGUAAUGAAUUUUGUAAGAAAAUAAUACAACAUUAAUGUAAAUAAAUUUGUAUUAAUUUUA